CUGCACACAGCGGUGCCAGGCCAGGUCCCGCGCCACUGCUUUAAAAGGACAGCUUGGGCACCACCAGCCCUCUGCCCCCCGUCCACUCCCCGCUAGUUGCUCGCUCGCCGCUCGCCACCACCACAGCAAGCAGCGCGCCCACCAUGUCGGGCUACAACAACUACAACAACGGUACCAACGAGUACAAGAACGAGAUGGGGCCGUACGAGGGCAACAAUGAGAAGGCCCUCGCUACCGACCACGUCUAUGCCGCCCAGGACGACUACCAUGUCGACGCUGGAGAGCCCCAGCAGGAGGAGACGCACCGUUCGCUCAAGCCUAGGCAGAUUAGUAUGAUCGCCAUCGGUGGUGCUAUCGGUACCGGUCUCGUCAUUGGCUCGGGCACGUCGCUCAUCCGCUCCGGCCCCGCGUCCCUCUUCCUGUCCUACGUUAUCAUGGGUUUCUGCUGUUUCUCGGUCAUGAUUGCCCUCGGUGAGAUGUCGACCAAGUUCCCCUCCAAGAAGGGUUUCGCCGGCCACGCCACCCGCUGCGUCGACCCCGCGUUCGGCUUCGCUACCGCCCUCGUCUACCUCUGCAAGUACCUCAUCAUCUCGCCCAACCAGAUUGUCGCUGGUGCGCUCGUCAUUCGUUUCUGGAACGCCAAGAUCAACGGUGCCGCAUGGGUCACGAUCCUUGUCGCGCUCGUCUUUGCGCUCAACUUGCUCGGUAUCAAGUGGUUCGGCGAGGUCGAGUUCUGGCUCUCCCUCCUCAAGGUCGUCACCCUCACCGGUCUGAUCCUCCUCGGUCUCAUCAUCGACCUCGGAGGUGUCCCCGGCCAGGAGCGCCUCGGAUUCCGCUACUGGAAGAACGGCAAGGCCUUCAAGGCCUACAAGCAGCCCGGCAGCCUCGGCAAGUUCCUCGGCUUUGUCAACGCCCUCAUCCUCGCCCUCUUCGCCUACAUGGGUACCGAGCUCGUCGGUGUCACCGUCGGUGAGGCCAAGAACCCCCGCAAGACGGUCCCCUCGGCUAUCCGCAAGACCUUCUACCGUAUCCUCUUCUUCUACAUCCUCGGCACACUCAUUAUCGGUAUGAUUGUCGACUCCAACGACCCGCUCCUUGCCGCCGCCGCCAAGAAGGGUACCGGUGGUGGUGCCGCCGCGUCGCCUUACGUCGUCGCCAUCCAGGCCGCCCACAUCAAGGUCCUCCCCCACAUCAUCAACGCCUGUAUCCUCAUGUUCACCAUCUCGGCUGCCAACUCGGACCAGUACAUUGCCUCGCGUACCCUCUACGGCAUGGCCAUGGACGGCAACGCCCCCCGCAUCUUCCGCUACUGCACCAAGCGCGGUGUCCCCCUCGCCGCCUUUGCCUUCACUGGAUGCUUCAUGGGCCUCGCCUACCUUGUCGCUGCCGAGUCGGCUCUUACCGUGUUCAACUACUUUGUCAACUCGGUGUCCGUCUUUGGUGGUCUUGCAUGGAUCUCCAUCCUCGCCUCGCACAUUGGCUUCACCCGCGGCAUGAAGGCCCAGGGCAUCCCCCGCUCGUCGCUCCCUUACACCUCGAGCCUCGAGCCCUACCUCUCGUACAUCGCCCUCCCCCUCGUCUGCAUCAUCAUCUUCUUCAAGGGCUUUGACUCGUUCAUGCCCAUGUCGGCGUUCGGCACGACUGGCUACAAGACGUUCAUUACCCACUACAUCGGCAUCCCCGUCUACGUCAUUGGCUACGUUGGCUUCAAGCUCAUCCGCAAAACGAGCUACGUUCGUCUCCACGAGAUGGACCUCAACUCGGGUGCCCGCGAGUUCCACGACGUCGAGGACGACGACGAGGAGGACCAGCGCUACAAGCAGCUGUCGUUUGGCCAGAAGAUUUCGUACAGCCUCAAGAACUGGUAG